CCCACUGGAGCGAGAGAGAGAGAAAGGGAGAGAGGGAAGGGGAAGGAGGGAAGGGUGGAGGGUAGACAGAGAGAUACCGCCUCUUAUUGUGUUCCCCUCAGACUGGAAGGAGAGAACAAGUUGAGAGGAAAGAAAAGAAAUCGGGAACAGACUGGACAGCUUUUGGUUUUGGACCGGUGUGGAGAUGAAGUUUCUCCUCAGAGCUCUGAGCGCUCUGCUCUGCUGCUCGCUGUCCUCCUCGAACACCCUGGAUCCUGCCGGGAAGAACGUCUGCCACUAUAUCAGAGAUCCCUCCACCCCUGUCUGCUGCACUGGAUGGCGUCAAGAUGGAAGAGAGUGUACUAUACCUGUGUGUGAGGGUGAGCAGGCCUGCCAAAAGGAUGAGAUCUGUGUGUAUCCUGGAGUGUGUCGCUGCCCACCUGGUUACUACGGAGCUCACUGCAAAACACGCUGUCCUCCCGAGUUCUGGGCAUCAGACUGUCGUCAGGUGUGUCGGUGCCACCCACACGGCCGGUGUGACCCUGUCACCGGUGAAUGCACCUGCAACCCCAACCGCUGGGGUCCGCUGUGCCAGUACCCCUGCAAGUGCACCCGCCACGGCCGCUGCCACCCCAUCCACGGAAACUGUACCUGUGACGAAGGCUGGUGGACGCACACCUGCUCCAAACCUUGCCAGUGCAGCAGCAGCGGGGGCUCCGUGAGCCUCGGCUGUAACCAGCUAAACGGCCGGUGCCAGUGCCAAAGAGGGUACUGGGGGCAGAAAUGUUCCCUCACUUGCAGCUGCUACCUGUCACCUUGUAAUCAACGGACCGGUGUGUGUGAGUGCGAGGCUGGGUGGUGGGGAGGCAGCUGUGACUGGCGCUGCAACUGUGACCUCAGGCACAGCAGCUGUGACCCAGCUACCGGGCAGUGCCUGUGCCAUCCGGGGUACCAGGGUGAGUUCUGUAACCAGCCCUGUGAAUCUGGGAAGUAUGGCAACGGGUGUAAAGUGAGUUGUGGUUUCUGUAAAGACGACCAGCGUUGCUCUGCCACUGAUGGCACCUGUGCGGCCUGUGCACCCGGCUGGAAUGGCACACAAUGCGACCGCCCGUGCCCGUCUGGUUAUUACGGUGACGGCUGCCUGGAGAAGUGUCCACGGUGCAGGGACGGUGAACCCUGUGACCCGAAAACUGGGGAAUGUUGGAGGUGUGACUCUGGAUGGACGGGACCCAGGUGUGAACAGACCUGCUCUAACAGGACAUUUGGAGACGCCUGCAGCUUCCUGUGUAGCCCCUGUUUCCAUGGUUACUGCCAUCAUGUGACAGGAAGAUGUGUCUGUCAGCCAGGCUUUCAGGGAGAGAGCUGUAACAGCAGCUGCCCUGCCCUGCAGUACGGCCUCAACUGCUCCACUGUCUGUGACUGUGGUGAGGGGGUCAGCUGCCACCCAGUCACUGGAGUCUGCCCCAACAGUGGCAGAAGUGCCGUAAUAGCAGGUGUGCUGGUCCCUUUGCUCCUGUUGCUGUUAGCUGUGCUCUGCUGCUGCUUGUGUUGUGGAGGAGGUCCUGUUGAUGGUAAAGACAGGGAGACUGUGGCUGAUGGAGGCUUGUCUGUUCGGAUGAAAUAUCACGUCUACAGCGUCCUGGCAAACAUCAGUGCUGCCCUGCCCUGUAUCUCUAACUGGUCCUCUGGUCUGCCUCGUGUCACCGUAUCUCACCACGACCCAGAGCUGACCUUCAACCACAGCUUCAUCGAGCCUCCGUCCUCUGGCUGGGUGAUUGAGGGGUCGUCCUUUGACAGUGACGAGGAGGAGGGAGAGGCUCUGUACUGUGUUCCUCCAAGAGAAGACAUCCCAGCAGUGGCAGGCGGCGAGUUCCAGGAGAUGAGCUCAAAGUGCAACAUGUUCCUGGAUCCAUCAGGCUUCAGCAGCGAGGACAUCACCUCACCCUUCAACAUACCUCGCACUUCCAGCAUUGCCAAGUCCAAGCGGCCGUCCGUCUCCUUUGCGGAGGGCACCCGCUUCAGCCCCAAGGAGAGGCGCGGCUCGGCUCAGGACCCCAGCAUUCUUCGCAACAAAUCCAAAUCCGGCUGGGGUGUUUUGAUGCUUUCUGCCCUCCAGAGUCAGGGAAGAGGGGACGAGGAUGCAGCUAAGGGUGAGGAGAGGGAAGAUGAGGUGGAUGUGCAGGCGACAGACAACCAGGAGUCAGGCUGUGAGGUAGGGGACCAGGAAGUAGAGAGAGCCCCAUCCCGUGCCACCUUGCAGGUCCCUGGGGCAUCAGGAAGAAGACGGACCAUGUCCAACACAGCUACUCAUAAAGGGAACCAGCUGCCAACAUCUGGCUCUGAUGCUCAGGCAGGGGCCUCAAAUAAGGUCACCACAGUGUACAUGACAGUGGGUAAGGCAGGUAGACCCGUGUCUGAGACCGAGGGCCCCGUUCAGGCCAUGCUGCGGAGACUUGGCAGCCUCCAGAGACAAAGGGAGCAGGAGUCUGGCAAGUCCAAAAACAAGGGAGGCGAAGGGAUUACCAAACCACCCAGGAGGAAGCUCGGAGCUCGGGCGACUGUGUGGGAGCAGGGUGGGCCGCCAGCAGGGGAGACUGGUGUUUGUAAGCCCGUGAGGAGGAAACAUGCCUCCCACAACUCCUCUGACACAGCAGGAGCUAAUGAUGCUCCACCCUCGGAGGGCGGCACUCCGAAACGGCCGCUGUCGUUCAUUUUGAAGAGCGUGCCCGAGGUGGCUUCAGCUGAGUCAGGGUCAGAUAUGAGGGCUGAGGGAAGCACGAGGCAGGACUCCGGUACAGGACAAACUGAGAGUGGCUACCUGACCGUGGGACCAGCAGGAGACGCUGCCAGUCUCACUGAGGUCAUCGCCAACGAAGGAGCGGUGGUCAGUGCGAAUGAUGAACCCUGCUAUGAAAAUGUCAUGAUUAGCCACUCAUAACCACGUGACUUAACCACGUCAUCAGCAGGUCUGAUCUCAAUACAGAUGCAUAUUUAUUUUUCUGAAGUUGUUACAGACACAAACUUGCCAUUGUAAAUCUUUGUUAACAGACCAGGAAUUUUUGAAUUGUGGUGUUAUUUUCAACAGUAUGGCUUGCUGCUUUUAUUAACAAAUGAACACGAUUAUCAGGACAACUGAGUGAUAAAUAUUUUUAUUUGCUCCAGUGAUCCACGUUGUGUUAAGUGUAUACACACACAAGUACUGUAAUAUCUGGGAAUGAGGUUUAUAAGAUUUGCUGCUGUACUGAUGCUUUAUUAGUCAUGGAUGAAAACACAAGUAAGACCAGACUGGAACAGACUGUGAACAUGCAAAUGACUGCGACUCACUCUGAAUCACUACACAAUGCAUCCUGUAGACUAAAGCCACUAAAAUUUAACAGGGUCGUUCUGUUGGUGCAUUGUUGUUGCCCUGUUGCACCAAUCAGUAGAUGUCAGGAAGCUGCUGGAACUCUAAAAGUGUUUUCACACACUGUCAAAGUGUCCUCGAGCAUGAACCCAGCUGUCACUGCACUCUGACCUCUGAUGUGACUGUCACAUCGUGCUGCUGUUGGGUAAAAACACACCAUUGCAAUUUGGGGCUUUUUCUUACUCAAAGAAGAAAUCUGUAUGACCAAGACUUUAUGACCUCAUCUAUCCUGCCACAAGUGUUUUAUAUUUCCAUUUCACUGUAUAUAUGUGCACAACUAGUAAUGAGAAAAUAAACAUGUUGAAUUCUGUA